UUCACCAAGCUUAUAAGUGAAGCUACUACCUUCUUAAAAUUGGAAAGCUUGUAGAAAUGGCUCGAGACGACUUUUACAACGUUGGACUGUUUCAGGCAUGGGACUAUGUAGUCGUAGCAGCAAUUCUUAUCAUUUCAUCGGGUAUAGGAGUCUUUUACGCAUUUACAGGAGGCCGUCAAAAGACCACCCGAGAAUUUCUGCUUGCGGAUCGCAACAUGAAUCCCAUCCCCGUUGCGAUGUCGCUGGUGGCUACGUUCAUCUCUGCGAUCACCGUACUCGGGACGCCAGCUGAAGUGUAUUUGAAUGGAGCUAUGUUUUGGCUGUUUGCGUUUUCUUUUAUCUCUACAGGACUCUUGACGUCUCUCUUCAUACCAACAUUCUAUCGUUUGGGCGUCACAAGUGCAAAUGAGUACUUGGAGAAAAGAUUCAACCGGGCAACACGAUUACUUGGAACCUUAAUCUACAUUGUGGAAAUGGCCUUAUACCUCGGUAUAGUCGUUUAUGCCCCUUCACUCGCGUUAAACCAAGUUACCGGCCUUGAUCUUUGGGGGUCUGUUUUUGCGGUUGGCAUUGUCUGCACGUUUUACACAGCAAUAGGUGGAAUGAAAGCUGUACUAUGGACCGAUGUAUUACAAGUGACUGUCAUGAUGGCUGGGCUAAUUGCAAUCAUCAUUGGGGGUUCUAUGAACAAAGAUGGAUUCGAUGAAGUUUGGCGGAUCGCCGGAGAGAGCGGGCGACUUGACGUUUGGAACUUCGAUCCAGACCCAACAGUUCGUCAUACUUUCUGAACAAUACUUGGUGGUGGAACGUUCGUCUGGGGUACCCUGUAUGCAGCCAACCAAGCCCAGAUCCAGCGAUACCUCUCCUGUGGCUCUGUUAAUACUGCUUUGACGGCCUUAUUUAUUGCACUCGUUGGUAUGAUCAUUGUGAUGACAACAGUCUGUAUCACUGGUCUGGUUAUGUACGCAAACUUCGCUGAAUGCGACCCACUGACCGCUGGAUAUGUCUCAAGGUCUGACCAGCUCAUACCAUAUUUUGUGUUGUACCUGUUUGGUAAGAUGCCCGGGUUACCUGGACUAUUUACCUCAGCUGUAUUCAGUGCUUCUCUCAGUUCUAUGUCUUCGGCGGUGAACGCCCUUGCUGCUGUGGUAGGAGAGGACAUCGUGAAAUCAAUAUGGCCCAAAAUGAAAGAAAGAACCUACACGUGGAUAACAAAAGGACUUGUUAUUUUCUUUGGACUUGUAUGUAUGGCGAUGGCCUUUGUGUCUUCCAGACUUGGCUCAGUACUUGGUGCGGUUUUUAAUGUGUUGGGGAUGCUCGGCGGUCCGCUGCUAGGUCUUUAUUCAUCUGGAAUGCUCUUUCCUUGGGUCAACUCAAAGGGGGUGUUCAUCGGCACUCUGCUGGGAUUGGUGUGGUCUUUCUGGAUAGGGAUAGGUUCAUUUCUCUACCCACCAUAUUACGACAGGCGGCAGCUGAACAUAGAUGGUUGUAGCAACGUCACUAUGGAAACCAUGACAACCAUCUCAGACACCCUCAUGACGUCAUCAGCAAUGGAGCCAAUGGCUGAAAGACCAGCCAUAGCCAGUCUGUAUACUCUGUCCUACGCCUGGCACACUGGAGCUUCAACGCUUAUGACAAUAUUUUGGUCACUCGUCUUUAGCUUUAUUGCAGGAGCGAAUGAUCCUCGAACCUUAAAUCCCAUGCUUAUUAGCCCCGUCGCCGAUCGAUUGUACUGCUGCCUGCCAGAAUUUGUAAAGCGCCCUCUACGAUGCCGUGUUGGAGAACUGUACGAGGAAGGCCAAUAUGAUCAAGAGGAAAAGGUUGCUGGUGAGGAAAUGAAGGUGGCUUGCAAAAAUACAAGCUACGAAGAAUAAUUUCCACCAUCUUGUGUUGCCGAUUCACUGAACCUACCAAGAAAGAUUGAUGUAUUGCAGACAUCAAGAAAGCAGCUGGAUUUCAUCAAAUAUUUCAUUAAAAUCACUGGAUUUGAUAAUGGAAGAUUGUCGGCGUGAUAGGAAAAGCGUAGUAUAUUAAUGAGAUGGGGAAAUGACAUUCACUCAUGUUUACUCAAUUAGAAAAAAAUAAAGCUUCAAGAAUAAUACUGCAUUACUUUAUGCAGUUUAUAGUGUCAAUAUUUGUCUAAAAACACAUUUCUAAUGGAAACUCCAAUUCUAGCUCCAAGAACAACAAUGUCUGAACUGAAAUUUGUAAUACCCGAUUUAAAAAAGUACAAGUAAAGUAAUUAAGUAACGAUUUUGCUUUGUUACCCAUGGUUACUUUUGUGUUGACAGAGGUGGUGAAUGUCUAGGUCAUUGUUCAACAUUUAAAAAUAAAACUGUUUUAAUGCUCAAUAUGAAUAAUCAUUUAUUCUUUCAUUGCAUUUUUAGUUCUUUUCACUUACAAGAAGUUUUAUUAUAGCGCAUUAUUGUUAACAGAGAUACUUACAAGAGUGUUCCAAAUCGUCGGGUAUGCGUAAGAAGCGCAGCUGUCCUAUACACUCAUGAAUAAGUCAGUUUGACAAUUUGUAAAAUGUCUCCUUUUUAAUUGAAUCAACUGAUGUGGUACUUGUAUAUAAUGAUAAGAAAUGAAGGAUAUGUAAUAUACAGUGCGUCCCAGAAAAAAAUGAAACAGAGAUUUAUCGAUGAUUUAUCAUAACUUAAUCACAAAUACAAUGAAUAGACAAAUGACCUACCGAUGUAAAGCUUAGAAUCUCCUCUUAUAUUUGAUAUUACUUAGAUUAUUCCCCAUCCACGCAUGAGUGAGCAAAAACAAUUUGAAGAUAGGAUACCAAAAACUCAUUUGGCGGGGGGUAUCUGAAUUUCAGAAAGAAAAUCAAAUGCCUAAAAAGUUCAAUAUCUGCUCUUUUAUUUGAUACCUUAAUCACAAAAAAUGGUCAAGAAGUAAAAGGUUAUGUUCCCUCGAUACAAUGCUUGUAUUUCCAUAAUUUCAUUAAAUAAACGUGUUUUCACCGGUCUCCCACAGAAGCUAUCGCAUGGUUAACAAAAGACGUAAUACAUGGCUGAUCGCAGUGGCGUACCUAGGAUUUUCCACAGGGGGGGCAAAACCGUCCGCCAAAAAAUUUGACAAGCAAAAAAAAAAAAAAAAAAAAAAAAGGUCUUCAAGCUCGUCAGGGGACCAUUGAAGGUCUCAGGGGGGGCAAAAAAGGUUUUUCAAGCCCGUCAGGGGGGGCAAAGAUACGUUUUUGCAUGGGUUGUGACUCGUCAGGGGGGGCAGAGUGCCCCCCCUGCCCCCCCCCCCCCCCGUAGGUACGCUAGUGGCUGAUCGUCAACAAAACGGAGUUUGAACGCUAGCCUGUAAUAGAACCUCUUAAUUUUAUGAAAUUAUUGAAAUUCAAGCCUUAUUUCAAAUAACCAGAACUUUGUUUUUUCUUGACCAUUUUCUGCAAUUGAGGUAUCAAAUUAAAGAGCAGUUAUUGAACUUUUUAAAAAUGUGGUUUUCUUUUUGAAACCCAGAUACAGCCCGCCAAAUGACUUUUUGGUAUCCCCUCUUCAAAUUGUUUUUGCUCACUCAUGCGUGAAUGAGAAAUAAUCUAAGUAAUUUCAGAUGAAAGAGGAGAUUCUAAGCUUUACAAUGGUAGGUCAUUUGUCUAUUGUGUUUGUGAUUAAGUUAUGAUAAAUCAUCGAUAAACCUCUGUUUCCUUUUUUGUGGGACGCACUGUAUAAUCAGAUUAUAUUGCCGAGAAGUUAGAGUCCGGACAAGACAGGUUUAUAAAUAAUUUUAACUUUUAUAUUUUCUUUUCAUUCUGAUAUAUACCUCUGCUAUAUUUUACCUCUUUCAUUUUUACCUCUGCAAUUUUUACACCGAACCGUAUUUAAAAAAAAUGUAUUCAAAUGUAUUUUUCUGAUUAUAACUAAGCAACCUCAACGCUACAACCCUUUGAAUUGUUUAGUGUUUAAAAACUUUGAAAAGGAUGUAGACCUAGUAUAGCCAAUGUUUAGAAGGAUGAAGCGAUGAUUUAUACAAAGUAUAUCACGGGGAGGGGCAUUUUGUAUAUUUUAAAUUGAUCAUUUGUUUUCAGUCAAGUUCGCUUGAUUUUUAAAAGCUGAUGCUUCAAAUUUAUUUUGCUGUAUGUUAUGAUGCAUGUCUGUGGUGGUGGCGACGACGGUUAAGGGAUUUUUAUUCAAUGUAAUAUUUUAUCCUUAGAUAAUAAUUUGUGAACAAAUUAUUAGUUUGAAUCUAAACAGACCUGAUGACACAUGAUGUCACAUUUGAAAACCACGUGUAAUCAUAGUGAUUGAAUACAAUGUUAAUGAAAUAUAAUAUGCUCGAGGA